AUGCCCAAGUUCAGAACAAAGGCCCAGACUCAGGCCCGGCCGUCAAACACCACCAACAUCAACACCAGCACCAGCAACAAACCCCCCACGCCCAACUGGCCACCCCUCCGUCCGCUCCUCCCGGCCGCCGACCUUCACCUCACUCCCCUGGUCCAGGACCAGAUCUACCUCAUCCGUAACUUCUUACCGUCCAGUCUCUGCAAGACCUACGUGGCCUUUCUCUCCUCUUUACCGUUGACGACGACGCCCGGCCGACCGAAGAAAGAUGAGGCGGUGCGGGUGAACGAUCGCUUUCAGGUGGAAGAUAAGCGGUUCGCAGAGACACUGUGGAAUGGGACGGCGUUACGGGACUUGGUCACGGAGCGAUUCGGGGAAGAUGAUGGUGUUGAGGGAGACGAAGAGCAUGAGGAUGGCCAUGGAGAGGAGAGGGUCGUCGGCGAGGGUAAAGAGCAACGACUGCGGGAGACAUGGGGGGGCGUACCACUUGGGUUGAACCCUAAUAUUCGUAUCUAUCGCUAUUCCAAGGGUCAAUUCUUUGCGCAACAUUACGACGAAUCCAACACUCUAACCUUCCUGCCCGCCUCCACCACAAAACCCCUCCCCGCACGCACCACCUGGACUCUCCUCAUCUACCUCACCAGCUGCGACGGAGGCGAAACGGUCUUCUAUCCGGAUCCCUCACGCGCACAUCCCCGGCCCUCGCCGAUCGAAGUGGCCCCGCAGGCGGGCAUGGCGCUCUUGCAUCGACAUGGGGAUCGCUGUAUGUUGCAUGAGGGGAGGGAGGUGACCGGCGGGGAGAAGUGGGUGAUUCGGAGCGAUUUGGUCGUGGAGAGGUAG